GUCAGUAGACGUCACGUGGUGUUUGCACUUUCUGUCAGGGAUGUAGUUCUGGUUUUCAAACUGUAUUUGUAUUUUGUAUAUUGGUAUCAAUAUUGCUGAUUUUGGCCCUGGUGUACUUUUUAUCAGAUCAAAACCAAACUUUGUGAAACCUGUUGUUUAGUUGAAAGUGGCCUAAAGUUCAUCACACGCUCUCGUCAUACCCUUCAUCCUGUCUUCGUCUGCACUCACAUCUUUUUAGUCUGACCAGGGGAUUCCAGGUGAAAUCCUCUUUGGUCAACACUGACACAGCAGACAAAGCUGUGUGGCUUAAGUGUGAAUUACAGGAAGAUGAUUUGUCUUGUCCUUUCAAGGAAUUACAUUUGGCCAAGAAGUAAAAAAUUACAGGGAGCGUAUUGUGUAGCACACUAAUACUGACCUCAGCUCCUGUGGUUAAAAAAGCGUUUUAUACAUGUGGUUUUUUUCAAAGCCUCCAACAUACAGGCUAUUUCUGGAUGUAUAGACUAGACAGCAGUGUAACCACAGGAGAGAUCGGCCCACGACCGUGCAUGCAGGACACACACACUGAAAGGUGGACAUUAUCCAAACUAAAAAAAGCUGCAAUGAAAAAACAUUAGAUGUUACAAAAACCACAGAGACAUCCUUAAAAAAAAGAUAUGAUUCAGCCCGUUUUUCAGGCUCACAGAUCUUUCAUGUAUCACAGAGUCAAAGACGAACAUGUGGCUCCUGAUUUUUUCACAGAUCAUCUUUUCUAAUUGGUGUAAUUCCUGUAAUUUAUUGUAAUUAUGCAAGUCCUCUAUUUUCCUCUUAUUAACCCUUCACAGUGAGACUUUUAGUAUCAAAAUGUACAAAUACAGAUAAAAAUCAACCACCACAAUAGGCAAACAUGCCGGAAAAAUGUGUAAGAAAACUCCUGUAAUUUGUCUUUCCACGUGACAGGAAGCAGCAGGCCGACAGUGACCAGGUUAACACGCACCUCGUCCCAUAUUCCCUUACACACCACCUGCAUUAUUUAACAUCAGCAAACAAGACCAGCUGAUACACCCCGUGACUCUGCAGUUGUCUUUGGAGGUGGUUGUUGUAAAGAGGACUAUAUUUCUUUACCUGGUUCAACACUCUCGUGCAUCUCUGGAAAUGUUUGCUGCAGCCACUAAGAAUUUUGUGAAGCAGGUUGGAGACACCGGGAGGUUGAUCCCAGUCCCGAGCCUGAGCGAGGCCGACCGCUACCAGCCCCUCAGCCUGGUCACCAGGAAGAGGAAGAGGCAUUUCUGGAAGAAGAGCAAGUACGCCUCGACCCCUUUCUCACUGAAAGACAUCCUGGUCGGGGAGAAGGAGAUUACAGCUGGGGUGUCUUCUUAUCAGCUCCUGAACUAUGAGGACAAAUCCGACGUGGCCCUCAACGGUCGCCUGGGAAACCACAUCAUCAACGACGUGGGGUUCAACAUCAGCGGAUCCGACUCCGUGGCCGUCAAAGCCUCCUUCGGCAUCGUGACCAAACACGAGCUGGAGGUGCCCACGUUACUGCGGGAGCUCAACUCCAGGAAAGUGGACCUGGAUCACUGCCUGGUCCGUCAGUCCAAAGAGAGCAAACGAAGCGUGCUGUGUGUCGUUGCGGAGAGUAUCCGCACCACACGUCGCCUUCAGCAUCUGUGAGCUGUUUGUUCGACUGGACGGGCGGCUCGGUACGAAGUCUACCCUCUCCCAUAACUCCCAC